ACUUAGGUGAUCAUGAAAACAACAAACCAACCACCAUCCCAUUUAUUUCCCUCUCCUGGCUUGGAAACGAAGGAGCGUCCAAGACACACUCGAAUAUCCCGUCUACAUACGUACGUACGCACAGAACAUUGGUCACAAUUAUUCAAGCCUCUCUUUGACAAAAAGACUUAUGGUAUAUACAGUUCUGCUACACUGUACGUCGCAAAGACAGAAGACGGAAAACAGCACGCCAAUUUCCAAUGUGAGAGAGCCUCUUCGGAAAAUUGGACGACGGACGGAGGCAACAGACAGAAAUUGCGCCUGCGCCAGAUUUAGACCAAUGCACAUUCGUAAGUGUCGUUUCAAUUGUGCUCAGAGUCGGAUCAGUUUGAUCACGGAUCCUGGUUCUGGCUCCUAGUUUUCAUCACAUCGUGAUCUUUUGCCUUGAAGCCAAAAGUUUCUCUCCUCAACCCGAUAUGAAUUAUUCUUCUCCAAUGCGGCGGUCCAAUGGUUGUUUAUCUGGGGGUUGGAUAACCUCACUUCAAUCGGGCUUGGAAGGACUGAGUGAUGAUCUCGAGUAUAACCACUCGGAGACAAGCUCCUUGACCUCAACCAAUGUUGAUCAAAGCAUUGAUAUCCAGGAUCAUCGACCUGCGUUGGCAGGAGUGUCGCCUUUUCAACGCCAAUACAAGCAAUAUCGGGUCAAGCGCCGUUCAGCUCAUCAACCAACGAGCUUAUAUGUUGAGGAUUACUUCCAAAGUCUGGAUCCUCCACCCAAGCCUCCCAAACCGAUUCGUCCAAGCCGCAUUCCAAACUCACGCAACCUUGGGACGCCAUCAAGAACCUCACUUGUCACACCGGAGCCUCCCUGGACGAAGGGUCCGAAGCAAAAGCCAAUUCGAAUCCGUCGGCCUCAUUUUGGCAAAUCCUUGAUGGAACUCUCCAAGCUCAAUGAGGAGAGUUGUGAUGAAGUCUAUCGACGCCAACGAGAAAACCACGUGAAUCGCUUUCCUGAUCUUGAGCCUGAUCAUUGGGAUUCAGGACAAUACCACGUGACAACUGUGCGAGAACAACGUGGUCAAUCCCCUUCAAAGAGACAAAUUGAUCGUAUCAAGGAGAGAGAAAGGUCCCAAGGGAACCAUUUAAAGCCAACAUCAAUUCAGGGCAACUUGAGCAAAUCAACGCCAGACUUGUGGAAUCCUAGGGUUGAGAUGCAAGAGUCAUAUUCUGGAAAGAAUCAGGUCCGGAGAUCACCACGAAGAGAGGUCGGCUUAUGGGAGAACGCCCAACGAUAUAAGGGUUCUAUGGAGCACUUGUUAGAUGAGGUGGAAGAAAAGUUCUCGUCAUUGGCAAGAAGUCAAAGGCAUCACUCAUUACCCCCUGAAAACCACUUGAGCAGAUGUGACCGAGCUCGAGCUCUCAAAGGACGGUCCAUGGCGUCCCUAGAUCAUGAACAAGUCCACUAUUCCGUCUCUCAACACUCUCAGCACCUGAAGAACUCAUACCAAAGCUUGGUUCAGUCCAUUCAAGGCUCGCAAUCCUCCCGAUCCUUGCCCUCGGGCAGCCGAAUGGGAUGCUACUCGGAUCUGGGAGAGUCCAACCCCUACUACGAUCCCGACUUCCCGCAUAUUCAAAUGUCCAAUCCAGCCAAAGCCCAAGGCUAUCAUGAAGUGAAGCGACAGUAUUAUCCCAAAUUUAAUAAUAUGUUUCCGUCGAGGGCGAAUCGCUUCGGGUAUCCGGUGUAUCCCGAACGUGAAUUUGGUAUACCGUCGUCAUUGGGACCGGUGUCUUUUGCCGGGUUCAGUCCCUCAGUUUGCUCCGGGUCCUCGGUGAUAACGGAUUCAGGGCGACAGUCCAUGAUAUCCAAUUGCAGAUCGGUUAAACCAAAGAAAAAGCUAAAUCUCUUCCUGAAACACUUUGCUCAAAACUUCUAAUAGUACGAUAUCAUUUAUUGUCAAAAAAACAGUCGUUUUCAUUAGAUUCGC